AUGGAUAACACAGAGAGCAUGGAAGUCCCACAUGUUAGGCCUGAAGAAUCAGCCAAUAGUGAACAGACAGAAAUUUUUGAUGUGGGAAAGACUAAAGAUAGUGUAGUGGAAUCAAAUACUAAAGAAUCAGAGCUGGGAGAUGUAGAGACAACAACUCUAUCUGGAACAUCUCAAAAGGAGCCUUGUGAGGAAGUCUUAGAUUCUAAGAACCAAGAAGAUUUGAGCAAUGGGAAAGGUAACUCAGUCCUAACUGAGACAACAAAUCCUCUGGUGAAUGAUAAUUCAUCUGAGAGCAGGGAAUUUGAAGAUGGUGAGGGAAAUGUUACAGAUUCAGUGGUAGAUAAUCAGGAGAGAAGCCAAGAAGGUGAAGGGCAAGAUCCAGGCACUUGUGAUGAUGCAGGAGCACAAUCAAAAGACAAAACACUCAAAAUUACAGAGACGUUGGAAAACAACAGAGAAAAUGUUAGCAACUUAGACAGACAAGAGAUGAGUCCCAUUGACUCACUAAUGGCAAUUUCUAACAAGCACUGCCUCAGUGCAGCAAAGGGGGAGUCUGCACCAUCAUCUCCAGUAGAAUGCUAUACCAGUGAGUCUUCUUUAUACUCUGAUUCUGAUGGUGAGAAUGCUGGAUCAUUGAAGAAAGAAUCAAAGUUGCUCUCACGUGGGUCUGUGCAGGGAGCAAGUGCCAGUGAAGAGCUGCUUGAAUGCGACAUGACAAACACAGAGAAACAGAGGGUUUCUCUAGAUGAAACUCUAGAAUCAGUGAAAGAUGGCUUGAACCAUUCUGAAGCAUCUCAAAAGGAUCUGAGUGGUGACAAAGUCGUCCAUUGUAAUAACAUGGAGGAAAUGAGCACUAAAAGAGACAACGACACUGGUGUACCUAUCCCAGAUAUUGGUGUUAUCACUGAUAGUAAGGAAAGUAGCAAGGGAAAUGUUGAAGAGUCCAAAGAGCAAGAUGUGGAAACUACAACCAAAGGAGACAAGUGCCUUGUUAUCAGUCUAAUGAAGCUUAUGGCUAUCUGUUGUGUAAAAUCUAACCCUACAGAACCAGUGCUUGCAAGUGUAGAAAUGACAACCUGUCCUGAAGCAUCUCAAAAGAAUCCCAGUGGUGAUGAAGUGGUAGAAUAUAAUGACCUGGAGAAUUUGAGCACUGAUAAAUGUGGAACUGGUGUCCCUACAGCAAUGCCUCCUAACAUGUCCUCAAUUCCUCCACAAGCUGGUGUUAUCACCAUUAGUAAGGAAGAUAACAAGGUAAACUUAUUUAAACAAACAAGAAGUCUAAUGAAGCUUAUGGCCAUCUGUUGUGUAAAAUCUAACCCUACAGAACCAGUGCUUGCAAGUGUAGAAAUGACAACCUGUCCUGAAGCAUCUCAAAAGAAUCCCAGUGGUGAUGAAGUGGCAGAAUGUAAUGACCUGAAGAAUUUGAGCACUGAUAAAUGUGGAACUGGUGUCCCUACAGCAAUGCCUCCUAACAUGUCCUCAAUUCCUCCACAAGCUGGUGUUAUCACCAUUAGUAAGGAAGAUAACAAGGGAAACUUUGAGAAGUCCAAUGUGCAUGAUAAGGAAACUGUAACCAAAGAAGAACCAGUGCUUGCAAGUGUAGAAAUGACAACCUGUCCUGAAGCAUCUCAAAAGAAUCCCAGUGGUGAUGAAGUGGCAGAAUGUAAUGACCUGAAGAAUUUGAGCACUGAUAAAUGUGGAACUGGUGUCCCUACAGCAAUGCCUCCUAACAUGUCCUCAAUUCCUCCACAAGCUGGUGUUAUCACCAUUAGUAAGGAAGAUAACAAGGGAAACUUUGAGAAGUCCAAUGUGCAUGAUAAGGAAACUGCAACCAAAGAAGAACCAGUGCUUGCAAGUGUAGAAAUGACAACCUGUCCUGAAGCAUCUCAAAAGAAUCCCAGUGGUGAUGAAGUGGUAGAAUGUAAUGACCUGAAGAAUUUGAGCACUGAUAAAUGUGGAACUGGUGUCCCUACAGCAAUGCCUCCUAACAUGUCCUCAAUUCCUCCACAAGCUGGUGUUAUCACCAUUAGUAAGGAAGAUAACAAGGGAAACUUUGAGAAGUCCAAUGUGCAUGAUAAGGAAACUGCAACCAAAGAAGAACCAGUGCUUGCAAGUGUAGAAAUGACAACCUGUCCUGAAGCAUCUCAAAAGAAUCCCAGUGGUGAUGAAGUGGUAGAAUAUAAUGACCUGGAGAAUUUGAGCACUGAUAAAUGUGGAACUGGUGUCCCUACAGCAAUGCCUCCUAACAUGUCCUCAAUUCCUCCACAAGCUGGUGUUAUCACCAUUAGUAAGGAAGAUAACAAGGGAAACUUUGAGAAGUCCAAUGUGCAUGAUAAGGAAACUGCAACCAAAGAAGAACCAGUGCUUGCAAGUGUAGAAAUGACAACCUGUCCUGAAGCAUCUCAAAAGAAUCCCAGUAGUGAUGAAGUGGUAGAAUGUAAUGACCUGGAGAAUUUGAGCACUGAUAAAUGUGGAACUGGUGUCCCUACAGCAAUGCCUCCUAACAUGUCCUCAGUUCCUCCAGAAGCUGGUGAUACCACCAUUAGUAAGGAAGAUAACAAGGGAAACUUUGAGAAGUCCAAUGUGCAUGAUAAGGAAACUGCAACCAAAGAAGUUGCAGAAAAAUCAGAAGUCACCAAUGAAGUGACGACUACAAGCACAACAGAAACAGACCCACAUGGUACAAUAACUGUUAUGAACAACCUGGAUGAACAAAUAAUACUUCCUCCUGAAAAGGAAAAGUCUGUUCGACAAAUUGAAAGCACCAAUUCUAACGGAUUAUCUCCUGUCGAAAGCAAGUCAGAAUUGAAUAGUUUUGAUGGAGAUAAAAGCCCCGAAGCAUUCAUCCAAUCUCAAAUUCCAGAAACAAUCAUUGAAGGAACAUCCUCCACAAUCAAUUCAAAAGACAGUGAAAUGCUUCCAGCUGGAAUUGGAAAUGUAAAAACACAACUAAAAGUAAGUGAAGAUUCUGAGGAGUCCUGUCCUGUGGAAAAAACAAGUGAAUCUGAUGUUAACAAAGGCAUUGUUUCAGAGGAAGAGGAAAGUGCCAGUGUAGGAUCAUGGGGAAUCUGA